UGUAGCGUUGACGCGGAUCGCGUAAACGUUUAUGUUUUACACGGACGGCUGUAACUUUUUUUUUUAAUUUUAAACUAUUUUCUGUGUUCGGCUACACAGUAAAUUUAUUAGCAAGUUUGUUAGUGACCAACAAUACAACAAGAACGUAAUAUAUAGAUUAAAGACUGCAAUCAUUGCAAAAGGUUAUUUUUAAAUUAAAUCCAAUAAGAAGUAUAAAUUUGAACUGAAACUGAAAGUGGAAACUGAUUGACCGAAAGAAGGAUCGACGAGAAUAAUUUACAAUGAACAGUUGAAUGGAUUUAGAGAAACAAUCUCAUCAAACUAAUAAAAAAGUGCGAGUGCAAGAAACAUGAACUUUUUAUUGAAACCAAUAAUUUAAGUUAGUAACCAAACAUCGUUCUAUGCUUCCACAACGAAAUACGGUCUUGCUGUCCAACACUUCAAAGAUGCACUUGUUACGACUACUUACCGCUUUGAUGUUAUUGUUUGGAUUGAUUUGUGGCGCCAAAGCUCAAAAUCGUGGUGCAGCCAAAUUCAAUAAUCCAAGUGAAUCGACAGGACUCGGUGUUGAGAAUCUCGAACACGAAUCAGACAAAACUUUGCGCAGCAAUCGAGUGCGUGAAAUCGAUAAUGCCGCAAAUAUUAAUGCGCAUCGAAAAUACCGCUACCGUUCGAAUGACGAAUUAGAUGAUAGUGAAAAGCCAAAACGCAUCUUGCCAUCAAAUCACAAAGAAUCAUCGGUGGAUGAUGUUACACCGAUUAAUCGAAAACGACCAGUGAGGAUAGGUCGACGCAGACUAACAACACCUACACCUUCAACUACUGAUAUUCCAAUGGUGAUACCGAAAAAAGUGAAACAAGAGGAAAAUCAGAAUAGUGCUAAGGACGACGUUGCUCUCGAUGUCCAAAAACUUUUUAAAUCAAAUGCUUCUGAAGAGCUUGUUCAAGAAAACAUUAAUCGUGAGCUUGUUAAAACCCAGGUCAAAAAUGAAACACCCUCAAAAUUUGGAAACAUUGAACAGUUGAACAACUUGACGCAAACCAUUCCAGUUACCAAUCACAGAAGAUCUCCUCCAUCCAAUGCCACAAGAAUUACAACUAAUGUAACAAGUUCAACAUCGACGCGCAUUAGUAUCAGAAAAGGCAAUCGCUAUCAGGCAAAUGCUUCCCGUAAAGUGGAAGCCAUUGCCACCGAAACUACUACACAACGUGUGACAAGACGACCUAUCAUUAGAUCAACGGAGAGAACUCAAACCGUUCAAGAGGAAACAACAACACCCCUUCCUCGUCCAUUGUCCAGAGGAACUGCAAGAAGUUCAAUAAAGAAUUCUGUAAAGGAAAAACCAGAUGCACUGGAUGAUUUGGAAGAUGAGAACUAUCCGGAACACUUUAAGUUGUUGCUGAAAGCAAACUAUCAGUCCAAUCUCUCUACCUCAACUCCUGCUGCCACGACUAAAGAUAUGAAAUUCAAAAAUUUCAAAAGUCGCAGAGUUGUUCCUUACAGAGGAUACAAACAAAAUUCAACAAUAAGUACAACAAUGGCAUCAACGACUGUUAUCGAAUCGAAUUCGCGUCGAAAUUACCCAGUUAUCUACCAAAAUGAUAAACGAUCGAAAAACAUCAGCGUUCAAAAUAACGAUGUCUUUGUUAAAGAUUUGGAUUCGACCAAAGACAAUUUCAAUUCGGUCAAAGAAACCAAUUAUCCGGAAAGUACAACUACAUCCGGACAAUUUCGUCCGCACCAUCAAGAACAACUAUACAAAGUCACCACGUUUAAGCCGGCGAUCUCUAAAUUUUUGAAUCGAAAUAAAUCAUUCAGGCAGAGAGGACCCACUGCAGCGGACUCACCUUCAAACACUUCGCAAAAUCCAGUGAGUCAGUUACCGAUACCUAUGAAAGAGACGGUGGCAACAGUGAAAGAAAUUCCUCCGCCGUCGUUGCAUAGGUACAGUGCUCGUUACAAGAGUGACAGUAGCUUUAAAUCAAACAGCGGAUCGAAGAAUGGUGCUGGUAGUAGUCCAUUUUACAUACCAACAAUACCGCCCCGUACAACUGAUGCGGAUUCUUUUACAACACAAUACAUUUACAAUGAAGUUGAACCCGUACAUAGCGGUCUAAUGCAUAGUCCUAUUGGAGUAGAAACAUCACAUCACUCCUCUUCAGUGACAGUGUCCAUUUUUGGCGCACUUUCCGAGAUCCUAUCACAAACAACAGAAAGUCUAAGUUUUCUAACUUCGUCAACAACAGAGUCAGCACCAAGCACAAGCACUUCCACGACAACAAGUACUACUACUACUACUACAACUACAACGACAACUACUACUACACCCACACCUCUUACUACCAAAUUCACUACUGAACAGGUACCGGAAAGCGACGAGUUUCAUGUAAAUAAUAUUCAAAAUUAUUCCACUGCCAAUCAUUUCGUUGAAAUAACCGAGACGGAAAAUGAAAUACCAACGCGAUCAGCAAGGCUUAUAGAAUCUGGAACAAAAUUCGGUCCCAACAUUCCCACCGCAUCGCCAAUCCCUCAAGUCCCCAAAACAAAGCUUACAGACACCAACCAUGCAUUUAAAAACGAUACUAAAAUAGCACAGCUAACAAUACCCGUAACUACAGUUUCGAAUUAUAUUCUAACAAAUGCUUCUCCCAAUUUAACCUCUUUAACUUCUCGGACUGAUAGUAGUACAGGCAGUAUAACUUCUGAGAUUAUAAUGACAAUGAGCUCAGACAAUUUGACAACGACAACUCUUAAACCUUCAGGGUCUACGAGUGAAAAGGACACUGUUUCAUAUUUCGAUAAAAACAUUUCUACAAACGGGAAUAGCCCAACGAUAGUUACUCCGUUAUACACUAGACGAGUUACACCGGAUAAUGUGACUACUACUACACUCAUCACAUACAUACAAUCCACAACACCGACUAGUCAUCCAUAUCCGCUACAAAAACCUAAUCCCACUAUCCUUACUGAGCUAUCAACUAUCCAAGACUUUUCCGAGCAACGGUCCCGAUUAGUUACAUCGCUUGCUGAAACAAAACAAGAGCGUCCAAUUUACGUAAUGCCAUCAAAUCCAACCUUGCAACAGUCAGAGACAACUGAAUCGAUGCGAUUUUCCAAUUCAAUUGAAACAACGACGCCAAUGCCACGAGUAUCAACCCCCAAUAGAACGUCUAAUCUACUAAGCACUACGUUGAGUCCCGGAGCAACAUCAAUACCAUUAUUGACAGUGACAAUGCCAACAAUACAUUUGGCUCAUUCGCCCUCAACUACGUCGCGUCCAUUUUCUCAUAGUACUGUGUCGGAAAAUGCUGCACCACAAUCGUUUAUAAUUUUAUCGACUCCUGCAACGAAAAUUGCGUCGAAUAACACAACCACAAACGUGACAUUGGAAACUCCAAAAUUAUUGUCGACAACCAAUACCCCGGACUAUGUACCAAGAUUUUCGAAAAGAAUUCCAAUUCUUCCAGUCCGACAACCGAAACGAGACUAUGUCGUCUACGGAAUACUACCCAACAACACAGUGGUAAAGAAAACUAUUGAUGAGAACGCAACCGAAAAUCCCUUAAUAAUUUACGGCAUUUUGCCGAAUAACACGGUGGUGCGCAAGUAUCCAAACGGAACCAUCGUUCCGGCUGACCAUAGUAACAAUAAAUUGGAAGUAAUUGAUAUUGAUCCGAAAAGCUUAACUGACCCGAACAGCGAUUUUUACCGACACAUCCACCAGGAUUCUGUUACGAAUGACACUAACCCGAUGCAACCUAUAAUGGAAAUUCCGAACACAAUGGCACCAAGCACGCAAUCCACAGUUAGAAAUCUUAAUGCAACCGAUAUUGUUAGUACUACUAUCACUACCACUGUUAACAGCACACCUGAAAUGACUGCAUCAUCCAUAAUAGACUUGUUAAAAAAUUACAAUCAAACAGAUAGCCAAUUAAAAACACAAAAUAUCUUUUCUCUUGCACCAACCUCACCAGCACUAAUUAAUAACAUGCGGGAAAAGUAUCUGACUCUAGAUAUUGAUCCAGUGACCAACCAUGUUCGUGAUCCGAAUGAUGUUGAUGGUCUAGAUAAAUUAGACGCAUCAAUAUAUCGAUGGAAACCGGUGUCUGAAACCACGACUAGUAGGGGUGUAGAAAUAAUUAAGAAUUUAGUGGAGCAAGCAAAAACAACAGAAAAUGCACCAACAGGUGCCAUUCAGUCGUUAACGACUUCUAAGAAUAAGGAAGCGGGUCGUGGUUUUGCCAUUGUUACAACUGCUCAAACAUCAACUUCGACCGAUGAAAACAAACCUUUUGUGCCAUAUAGCGUUAAGAGCAAUGCAAAUUCGAAUAGUAAAGAAGAAAAUGUUUUGGUAGACGAACUUACAACGAAAAUAACUCCACUUGUAACGUUGGCUCAGCCGUCUACUGAAAGAACAAACGUAUAUAUAGCAUCCACAGAUGUUACACCUAGUCAAGAAAUAAGUACAAGACCACAACCUGCGUUGACUACCACACCAUCUACGACCACUACACCACCUACGACUACCACACCAUCUACGACUACCACACCAUCUACAACCACUACACCAUCUACGACUACAACACCAUCUACGACUACUACACCAUCAACUACUACAAUCGCAACAACCCCAACAACAACUGCUCCAACAACAAUUCAAACUACUACGAGUAGUACAACUCCUAAUCCUACGAAAUCUGUGAGACGCGGCACAACAACAAAUCGCCCAACCACACCUGCGAAUCUCUCCACAUUGCCACAAGAUCGAAGCACGUUACAAAGAAAUUUGUUGUUGUUACAGGAACUAUUGGGAUUGACUGGGGAGAACGGCGCACGUAGUAUAGGAAAUGAAAGAAAUCCGUCAACAGUGUCAAUCCGAAGACCCACGAGUACCAGUACUACUACUACAACAACAUCAACAACGCCUACUCCGACGACUACAACAAGUACGACGACGACACCAAGACCAACUUUAGCGUCGACAACGAUUAAGCCAGCUGUUCAAUUUAACAGUAUUGACGAUAUUCUGAACAGUUUGCAAACUACGACAAGGCCUACAACUCAGCGACCACGAUCCGAAGAAGUCGAUGAUUUAACUUUCAUCAAUCGAUUGCGAUUGCUUCUAAAUCCCUCCUUGACGACAACGCGAAAACCUCCUACGAGAGCUACUACGAGAACCACUACAACCACGACGACGACGACUACGACCACUACCCCAGCAGCUUUGCCAUCAAACAUUAAUGAUUUAUUCGCUAGUUUUCCCGUACUGACAACGAAAAAGCCGACGUUUUCAGAUGCGGACGACAUAGCUUUUCUUGCAGGAUUACGCCAAAUAGCGCAGGUCGAUCAGCCGCAACAAUCAUCUUCACAACAAGAUCCAGAAUUUGCCAAUAAAAUAAUUCAGCUCGCCAUAAAUAGAACUGGAAAAAGUACCAUUAAACUACCAUCGAAUGAACAACCCUCCAGCAAUAGUGUACUUCAUCCGAACAGUAUUAAUACUGUUACGGCUGCAGGAAAGCCUGCUCUGUCGAAGACCGACAUCGAACGUGGCAAACAAGACAUCGAAACAAUAAAUAGUGACCUGAAGCUGCUAUCUACACUUCUAGGGCGUCCGAUUUCACCAAAUGAUUUACCUCAGUUAACACAACAAUUCGGAGGUGGUGCAUCAUCCGCUGUACCACAGAAACGAUAUCCCAGCUCAACAUCAUCGACAACAUCAACCACGACAAAUCCACCAGCUAUAGUGAAAGAAGUGGAAUUAUUGCAGUCGUUACUGCGGAGCCCGAACAAAGACAUAAAAUCUCAGGUCGGAUCCGAUGAAUUUUACGGCAACACAGACGAAGCAAUUUUGGCUACAAUUUUGAAACAAAAAGGAAUCGGUCCUUCACACAACAAUAUUCCUAUUGAGCAGCAGUUACUCGGCCAAAAUAAUAAUUACUAUCAGACAACCCGUACAACUACAACUCGUCGCCCAAGACCUCCUACUAGACAAUCUCGCCCUGUUCUCGACGGUUUGUCAUGGCUUUGGCGAACGUGGCAGGAUACUGCGCCAGGACCGCAACCGAACAAGCCAAGAGUUCAAAGUCCUAGAGAAAUAGCAAGUAGUCAAACACAAUCUCAGCAACUUUAUGACGAUGGAACGGAUGGAGAUACGUAUACGAAACCUCUCGACUCAAGUGAAAGUGAUGAAUCGUAUUCGUCUCCACUUGCACCACCCGGCGGAGGACUAUUGUCGGCAGCCAUAGGAGUAACACGAGCUGUAACACAAUUUCUGGGAGCAGCUUUACAGGGUGCUGGACGAUCAAUACAAUCGGCUUGGUCUAGUCAACCUCCAUCUAGUUCGUCAGCAGAUAACAAUUAUUUUAGAUUGAGUGGAUAGUGAAUUUCGGAGAUUUGCACAAACAGUAGACUGAAACAAAUAUUGGUGUUAUGGGAUAGCCUAGCCUUGGUGUGAUCAUUCAAAUAUGGAAAAAUUAUCCUAAAAAAUGUAAAACUAUUGCUCAUAAGUUCCACUCAAGUGUUGCUCAAUAAACGAGUGGAUGAAAAACUAUUUUUAAGCACUCAGUGUAAGGGAUGGGGGAUAAAUGAAUUAGUGCUCGUUGACUUGAUGUAAGAAGAAUUUAUUAUUGUAACAAGUCAUUAAAGUAGCAAAAUUGUUGUAUGUAUGAGUGUGUAUGGUGGGUGAAUGAGUGUGUGAUCAACUAUUUUAUUUAUU